AAAUUUCAACAGAAUCCGUAUAAAUUUUUAUGUUUUUCAAUUUUUAAUGAAGUAAAAUCCGAAUAAAUUCAUCAAAAAUGGCAGUUCAGAUGGAAAUAAAAUUAAGUCGUUCGAAUAAAAUCUACUACGAAGGCGAACCUUUGAAAGGUGUCGUCCAAAUCACGAGCAACACAGAAACGAAACACGAUGGAAUCUUCAUCAACAUGGAUGGCAGCGUCAAUCUCCAGAUGAGCAACAAAAAUGUCGGAAUUUUCGAGGCAUUUUACAAUUCCGUGAAACCAAUUCAGCUGCUAAACUCCCAACAAGAACUCAUGCCACCCGGAAAACUCACACAAGGCACCACGGAAUACGAAUUUGAGUUUCAACUGAAUUGCGUCAAAGAACCUCGCGUCUUGUAUGAAACUUACCACGGAGUCUUUGUGAACAUUGUUUACAUGCUAAAAGCGGAAAUUCGUCGAAGUUUUCUCUCGAAACCUGUGACGAAACAGCAGCAGUUCAUCAUUCAAUAUGCACCGAAAUCGAUUGAAACGCCCCCAAAACCGAUUAGUUUCUCAAUUAGUCCAGAAACUUUGCAAAAAGCAGCUAAAGAGAGAAUUUCCAUUCCAAGAUUUUUGUUUACGGGCGUUUUGGACUCGAAGGAAUGUUGUAUCACGGAGCCAUUUACUGGGAGAAUCACGAUUCAUCAUACCGAAGUAGCAAUUAAAUCGAUUGAAGUGCAGCUGGUACGUGUCGAGACAUGCGGAUGUGCCGAAGGAUACUCGAAAGAUGCGACAGAAGUGCAAAACAUUCAAAUCGCCGACGGAAAUAUUUGCACGAAACUUGAUAUUCCGAUUUUUAUGGUGUUUCCGAGACUGUUCGCUUGUCCGACUUUGAUAACGAAGAAUUUUAAGAUUGAAUUUGAGGUAAAUUUGGUCGUCGUGUUCCAAGAUGAUCAUUUGGUCACGGAAAAUUUCCAAAUUGUACUAAAUAGAAAUAAUUAGAAUAAUUUGUUGACAUCUAAUAAAAGUUUCUUCUCAUGCCUUGGAAGUUAAAUAUUUACAUUUUUUGCAUUGAAUCAACAAAACUUCAAGAUUAAUCCAGUAAGUAACUAAGAAAUGCAACAAUUAAAUUUUCAUUCAGCUUGUGCGCGAAACGCAAACAUUUCAAAAAUGCAUCAAAUGCCAGUCAAACGAGAUAAGAAUAAAUAUUUUCAUAGUUUUUUGGUAUCCAAGCAAAUAGUAAGCAAAGAGACACGAACAAAAAAGUUGAAAUUGAUAUGACAUAUUGCAUGUUUU